GUUGAAUGCGAACACCUUGCUGCAGGGGAAGAAGGUGGUCCUGGUGCCUUACACCUCAGAGCAUGUGCCCAGGAUCACUAUGAGUCAGAACUGACUGGCUGGCAGUGAGGUUUUGGGGUGUCCGCUCCAAGCAGUCCUGGUGGUACUGUGGUCAAGUGGUCAACUGCUAAUCAGAAAAGGCCCACCGUGUGAAUCCGCCUGCCGUUCUCCAGGAGAAAGGUACCAUGAGUGGAUGCAGUCGGAGGAGCUGCAGCGGCUGACGGCCUCUGAGCCUCUGAGCCUGGAGCAGGAGCACGCCAUGCAGCACAGUUGGCGGGAGGACGCGGACAAAUGCACCUUCAUUGUGCUGGACGCGCAGCAGUGGCGGGCCCAGCCAGGCUCUGCCGAGGAGGGCUGCAUGGUAGGCGACGUGAACCUCUUCCUCACGGAUCCCGGAGACCCCACCGUCGCCGAGAUCGAGGUCAUGAUUGCAGAGCCCAGCUGCCGCGGCCGGGGACUUGGCACAGAGGCCGUUCUCAUGAUGAUGGCUUAUGGAGUCUCCAAGCUCGGUCUGACCAGGUUUGAGGCUAAAAUUGGGCAAGGAAAUGAAGCGAGCCUCCGCCUGUUCCAGAAGCUUCACUUUGCACAGGUCGCUGUGAGUGACAUCUUCCAGGAGGUGACGCUCCACCUGACCGUGAGCGAGCCCGAGAGGCAGUGGCUGCUGGAGCAGACCUGCCACGUGGCUGAGAAGCCGUACAGAGCCAGCGCGGCCGAGCCCCACUGACAGCCAGGCUUCCAGCAGUGCCUGUUGCCGUGGUGUCGGGAUUGCCUGCUCCCAGGCCGGAGCCCAGCUGCAGGAGCUGAAUGGGUGGACGGGGUCUCACGGUCACUGCUGCUGACCUCUGCAGGCUGGGAAGAACUCUCCUGACCCCUGGACCCCAGACUUGCCCCGGCCUCCCCAGCCUGUGGUAUGGCUGAGCCACCUCCCGACCAGCCGCUCUAUCUGUGGUAGUUAACGGUUUCCUUUCAGAUGCACUGAUAUAAAAUCAUGAGAUAAGAAUGGAGGGGUGGAGUCUUGCUUGUCCAUCAGGUCACAGCCUGAUGACCCUUCCUUUUGGUUGUGGGUGAGGAUUCUGGGAACUCUCUCUUGAAUCCGCCAUCAGAAGCAGGCCUGCCUCUCUGCUACACAUUCCUGUUGACAAGCCACAUGGAGUCACGCGGAUGGCAGCCAGAGCCCUGGAGGUGUG